CAGUGGGUUCCUAGUUGAAGAAGAGAGGUCUCGCUAAAUGGUAGCAGAAGAAGAAGCCGCUAAGGUCAAGUUUUAUUUAUCCAGAGCUUAUGAGUCACUAGGGACAAAAAAUAUAAUUUUAACACACUUUUAAUUGAAAAAUUAAACUUAGGCUGUUAGUUUCCAUUCACUGUGGCCUAGGGCGUUUCUCUACUGACAUUUGCUGCAGUGUUGCUGAACAACGUCUCAAACUGUGUCCACCAUAUGACUGAGCUUCAGUGAAUGCUUUUUAUAUACACGCAAAUAAGAAAAAAUAUCUGUCUAAAGAAAAACGUGCCACCGUAGAAGCAAAUUGUCCUUCAGAAAUAUUGUCUUGCACAAAACCAUUGCCUUAUUUCCAAACAAAACAAUUUGAUUGUAGUGACGACAACGUUUGCCCUAAUGAUUACAAAUGUUGUAGAGACAGUUGUUUCCAGCACAAAAUAUGCAAAAAAAGUGAAGCCACAGCAGCAUAUUGUCCUGUUGAUGAUCUACCUUGUGCAGUGCCUUUAAAUUAUGAGGAAACACAACAGUUUUUAUGCUAUACUAAUGAACAGUGUCCAGAAAGUUAUUUAUGUUGCGAAGAUAGUUGUUUUUGGCAUAAAAUCUGCAAGAAAAUGUCUAACAGCUUUGAUUAUGUUAACGUUACCCCUUUUAUUUUUACAGCUGGGACAAAUAAUAACGGCUACACUUUAGCACCUCCCGUCGAAGAAAACACUGAUGAUAGUGUUACUACAACUGUUGAAGAAAGUGAAAGUAAUGAGAUUAUUACAACUGAAGGUAAUGAUAAUGAAGAUGGGACUACAACUACUGAAAAAAAUGAAGAACAAGAUGCCAUUGUUGAAACCGCUACACUAACUGAAGAAAGUGAAAGUUAUGAGAUUAUUACAACUGAAGGUAAUGAUAAUGAAGAUGUGACUACAACUACUGAAAAAAAUGGAGAACAAGAUGCCAUUGUUGAAACCGCUACACUAACUGAAGAAAGUUCUACUCCAGCCGUGACUGAAGAAAAUGAAAAUAAUCAAACCACCACAAGUAACAGCAAUGGUAACGAAGACACUAGAGAAGAAAAUGAAGAAAAUAACGAAACAUCUCCAGAAAACGUUAACGAAACUGAGUUGAAUGGAGAAAGUGAUGAUAACGAUUACGAAGAUGGUAAUGGUGGUGUGGAAAAUAACAAUUCUCAACAAUCUGAUUACGAUGAUGAAGAAGAAUGAAGAAUACUUACAAAAAUAUAAAUAGCAGCGGGUAAUGCGCAGCAUGUAAAUAAAGGGAAAUUGUCUUUAGUGUGUAAAUGUUUAUGUUCGAGUUCUUAUCAGUAUGCAUUAUUGUUAGUAACUGAUUUUUUUUUAAACGCCAAAAAUUAUAAAAAUAUAUUUAUAUGCAAAAAUUUUAUUAAGUAGGACCUUAAAAUAUAUUUUUAUUUUCAUGACAUUUAAAAAUUUUGCAGAUUUUCCACUUAAUCUGGUUAAUAUGGGCGUCAUCUGCCAGAAUAAUGAUGACAUUUGACCUUUCGCUGUCAUGAUGCUUAUCUGUUACAAGUAACUGUUGUUAAAAUAUUACCUGUUACAAAAAGUUGUUUUGUAUAUAAGGAUACAAUAUAUUAUAUUUCUCGCCUCUUUA